AAUCCCUUUGUUUGGUUCUUUUGGUUCGGUGGUUGGCGCCUUGUUGGCCUUGUCUGUACCUCUGUACUGUACUGUGCUGUGCUUAUACGUCUUGAUGGAUACGCUUGCACUUUAUAGUUUCGAUGACGGCUCUCUUGGCGUUGCAACUGUCAAAUUCAUACGGGAUUAUAAUCCUGUAUGCCACAACGCCAAAGUGUGGCCGCGAUACAAGGACGCCACUCAAAAAAAAAACUGGGUUAAAGUGAAUUGGCCCAACCAGGACAAGUCUGGUAACUCAACAGGGGGUACAAGCGUCCACGCCGCUCAGGUCGUCCGUUUCGGAGUCUCCCGUCCCGAGCUGGAGAAGCUCUUAAACAAGAUGCUGGACGAGCGGAAUGCUGUGCCCAAGAAGGACGAGAAAAGGCAAGUCCACAAAAAAAAAGAUAACAUGGAAGACAGGCUUGUCAAACAGCUUAGGGAUGACCUGAGGGAACAGAAGCUCUUGCACGCAUCUCCUGGUGGCCUGGAGGAGCCGACCGACUUGCCGCCACAAGUUCAAGAGCCUCUCGCGGUACCUGCCCUGGCCAGGGCCGAAGAGAGUGGGGCAAGGGUCUCCUAUGCAGAUGCCAUGGCUGCAGUGACCGAGGCCAGGGCUCAGGCCGAGGCGAGGGCUGUACUCGCCGAGGCUAAGGCAGAGCAGUCUGAGGCCAGGGAAAAGGAAAUCUCAACCAAACUGGAGCUAGCUGAGGCCAGGACGGAGGAGAUUGAGGCGAGACUGGAGCAGGCCGAGGCCAGGCUGGAGCAGGCCGAGGCCAGGCUGGAGCAGGCCGAGGCCAGGGCAGAGGAGGCCGAGGCCAGGGCAGAGGAGGCCGAGACCAAAGUGCUCCAAGGUAGAGCACAGAUGACUUUUGUGCUGGACGAUCUCCUUCCUGCUUUGAGAGAUGUGCCACAGAUUCUUGCAAGCCUUCAGCAUCGUGAAGCAGCGGGCCCCAUGCUUCCAGGAGUGCCCGGGAAUGUGAUGGAGAACACGGUACACUUCGGUGAUAUCGUGGUGACCGACGUCCAGAUGAAGCGGCUCGACGGAAAGCCGGCAUCCCUGUACACACAGGACCUGGCUGUGAUGGUGUUCGGGAGCGACGCUCUGGCAGAGUGCUGCCUUUCCGGCUCUGUGACAAAAUCAUCCCUGCCUAAAGAGCCGGUUCAGGACCUGAUAGAUCACGUGAUUGCCAAAUUUCCGGGUGAAUCAUCAAAGACUGUCAAAGAGUACCUGAGGAGGAAGUGCAGUAACACCUCAUACUUGCGAAAGAAGAAUAUAAAUUAACAAACAAGAUUAGCUUUCUUUCAUUUAUUUAUUUUCACAAGUUCAGAGAUUUUAGUUUAUAAUGAUUUUAGAAGCUUUUAAAUUAUUUUAGAAUUUUCCAUGUUUAAGGCAGCGGCCCCACGACGCAAGCUUUAAUGUUGGCUUUUUAGGUUUUAUUUUUUUAGGGGUACUUAAGAAAUAGCUACAGAGCUGUUGUUUUGCAGCUAUGUUUCUAAUAUCGGUGGGUAAAUUACAGCAACACGUUAUUGACAUAACUAGCUUAUGUGAUCAGAAAAUUGGAAAUUUAGAAAUUGCUUACUGCUUCCAAGAUUUCUCCUUUAAUAUUAAAGCUUGGGUUACCAUUUUUCCGCUCGCAUUGUCACGGCUACAGGCUUUGCUCUAUGGAGCCCGUUUCUGAAAUUUCAAUUAAUAGGUCAAUCAAGUUUGGUUGCAAUUUACCCACCAAUAUUAGAAAAAUGCCUGCAAAACGACACCUCUGUAGUUAUUUUCCAAGUAUCAUAAAAAUAUAAAAUAUAAAGGGCAACUCCUCUUCAUUUUUGUUUUUGAAAAAAAUGAUGCAGUCCUCUUCAGUAUCAUUUAGGAAGGGGACCACACGUCAAAUAUUGCGAUAAAGUUCUAUGUAAAUGUUUCUUAAACGGUCCGGCAAACAUUGCAACUUGCCAUAUUGCCGAAAUCUGCUGAAUCGAGCCGGCAAAUUGAGGCGCAACCAACAGUGCAGUCAAGGCUACUGCGUGGGCAUAGCAAACAUUGAGCUAAGCAUCAUCACCAUUUUGCUUGUUUUUACUUCUCCGGGCAAGCACAACAGGUGAUGUCAGUAACGUUUCUUCUCCGUGCACCUGCGCAGCAUACUUCUUGGGAGCUGCCAGGCCUCCCCACCGUUACCUCCUGAUGUCUCCCGCAUCACAACCGCCGUUGUCGUCUCACCGUUUGUGAUUAUUGUCCCUCGGAGUUUCGUCCACAGACCGGACACCAUGUGCGCAGACUUAUGCCGCAGUUAUGCAGACGUCGUCGAAUGUCUUAGACACCAAAACAUGGUGAAGAGUGCGGUGCAGACGACACUUGCGCCUGGCACACUGCUGACCCAAUCCCUCCCGUUAUUGCGUAGAGGAUCACGUGACAUCUCAUACCUCGUGAUAGCCAUAUUCUUGGCGGCUCGAAGACAGUGUUGCUGGAGGGAGCCAAAGUUUCAGUUUCGAUUUCUGCUCGUGUUUAAUAUUAGAUUUAAAAAUGUACCUCUUUUUUUCGCGGAGCAGAUGAAGUAGUGCCUUUUACAAGGGCUUUUUAAUGUGAAAUCACUCAUUAUCCCGAAAUCCUUGGAAUUGAGCGGAGUUGCCCUUUAAUGCUGUUUUCAAACAAGUCUGAUAUUUUUAUGAUUUGUGUGAUAUUUUAACUAUUUGAAGUGUUUUUUUUUUUUUUUUUAUACAAGUGCAAUAUUUAUCUAUUGAAAAACGUGUAAACAAGUCUGAUCUUUUAAACCCUUGUGAUAUUUUUAUGCUUUGUGUGAUAUUUGUAACUAUUUGAAGUGUUUUUUUUUUACACAAGUGCAAUAUUUAUCUCUUGAAAAACAUGUUUUAUCUUUGAGUUAUAAAAGACAGUGUGACAUUAGAGGGAAGGUUAAUCCCCAAGGUGGUGCAGAGGUAUGAAAAUAUAACUGGACCUCCACCUCAAAGGAACAUAACUCACAUGCUCUGGGCGACUGGCGAACGUCUAAAACCAGUCACCUGUGACUCUGCCUAUUUUUUUUUGGCAACUGGCUGAUUGGGCUUUAUUGGAAAAUGUGCAUUUGUAAUGAUUUUAUUUGAUUGUUUUUAUUUUAAUAAAAGUUCCUACUGCAGUUAA